UCAUUUUUCACUGUCUGUGGCUUUGGCAGUGUCCUCUUUUCUUCCACCAAGUGUGUCUUGUCCUCUUCCUCUUCUCUGCAGGUCGUGAACCACAAAUACCGCAAGGAUGUCUGAGAAAAAGAUGACCUCGAGCCGCAGGCAUCACCUGAAGAGUCUGAUCCUGCAGAUCGCUCAGAACUGGCUCGAGAAGGAGAAGAAAGAUGAUAUCGCUGCAAAAGAGGCCUACAUGGCCGAGCACUGUCCCCCCCCAGACACAAGUGGAGACCAGGCCGCUCUCAUGGAAGUCUGCAAGAAGCUCCAUGCCCUCAUCGACACCCUUGAUGAGGAGCGGUACGACGCACACUCCAAGGUGCAGAAGGCCGACAAGGAGAUUGAAGACCUGAAUAUCAAAGUGGUGGACCUGAGAGGUGUGAAGAAACCCGCUCUGAAGAAGGUCCGUAUGUCUGCUGACUCCAUGCUCAAGGCUCUGCUGGGCUCCAAGCACACGGUCAACAUGGACCUGAGGGCCAACCUGAAGCAGGUCAAGAAGGAGGUCAAAGAGGAGCCUACAGAAGCAGUCGGUGACUGGCGUAAGAACAUUGAGGAUAAGGCAGACAGGAAGAAGAUGUUCGAGUCUGCCUAAACACCAAACAAUGCCGCUUUUUUGUCAUUCUCUUUGUAUGAACUCCACGUGUCUUGCAUCUGUUGGUUGACCCAGGUGGCUGUUUUUUCUGUCUUCUUUAAAUCACUAAGCAGGUUAGUUUGUCGGAGAGGAAAAUUACUCUGAAGGUGUCUGAAGGUUCCUUUUUUUUGCACUUUGUUUUCUCUGGAGGGGAGAGGAGGAGAAUGUCGAGAGUUUCUGCAGGUUCACACACCGACACACGACACCAAGUCUUAAACUCCACACAUUCAGGGAGACAUUCUCACAAAACAAAAUAUGAAAUGUUGAAUAAACCAGAAUAAAGUCAACUGUGGAAGUAAA